AAUUUCACACCACAAUACAUCCUUUGAGACAUGGGUGUACACUCGACCGCCAGCCCCGGAAAACAACCGUAACCGGCUUACCAGUAACCGGACUCGGAAAUCAUCCCCGGCAAACCGGACCCAAACAAUUUGCUUUGGUACAACAAGUAACAAAAACAAACAUGUCAAGCAAUCAGUAGAGAGAGAAAACUUUUAAAAUCCCAAUUACCCUUCCAAAUCUAAUAUUUCUGCUAUCCAAAAUCUACUGAGUCUUUUUUCUUUUCUUCUUCGUCCCUUUGGGCUGCAGCAAUGGGGUCCAAGGAGUGGCAGGGGAAGGAAAAUUCGAGCGACAGAAAAGGGCAAAAACGGAAAUUAGACCAACAACAAGAAGAGAGAGAAUCCGCCAUUGUUACAGGUGAAGCUCUUCGUCGAGAGGUUUCAGCUCAGGUUGAGAUUUUAAGCAACACCUAUUCGUGGACUGAAGCCGAUAGAGCCGCCGCUAAGCGUGCUACUCAUCUUCUUGCAGAAUUGGCGAAAAAUGAGGAUGUCGCGAGUAUAAUUGUGGAAGGUGGAGCUGUUCCUUUAUUGGUGAAGCAUCUUCAGGCGCCGCCGUCGCCGGUUGAAGAUGAUGGGCUGAAGCCGUAUGAGCAUGAGGUUGAGAAAGCUAGUGCUUUUGCUCUUGGGCUUCUUGCUGUGAAGCCAGAGCAUCAACAAUGCAUUGUUGAUGCUGGUGUCUUACCUCUCCUCGUAGAUCUUUUGAAGAGGCACAAAUGUGGCUUGAAUUCUCGGGCUAUUAAUGGUGUCAUUCGGAGAGCGGCUGAUGCAAUUACUAACCUUGCUCAUGAGAAUAGCAGCAUCAAAACCUCUGUCAGGACGGAAGGUGGUAUUCCACCCCUAGUUGAACUACUUGAAUUUAGUGAUGCAAAGGUACAGAGGGCAGUGGCUGGGGCACUGCGCACUCUGGCUUUUAAAAAUGAUGAAAAUAAGAAGCAGAUUGUUGAAUGUAAUGCUCUUCCUUCUUUGAUUCUGAUGCUUAGAUCUGAGGAUUCUGCUAUACAUUAUGAAGCGGUCGGUGUGCUUGGAAAUUUGGUUCAUUCGUCGCCCAACAUAAAAAAAGAUGUCCUGCAUGCUGGAGCAUUACAACCUGUUAUCAGGCUACUCAGUUCAUGCUGCUCCGAGAGCCAGAGGGAAGCUGCUUUAUUACUUGGACAAUUUGCUGCAACCGAUUCAGAUUGCAAGAUUCACAUUGUUCAGAGAGGUGCUGUUCCACCGUUAAUUGAAAUGCUUCAAUCCCCUGAUUUACAGCUGAGGGAAAUGUCAGCCUUUGCUUUAGGGAGGCUAGCACAGGAGUCAAAUAAUCAAGCCGGGAUUUCUCACAGUGGUGGUUUAGUGCCCCUAUUAAAGCUUCUGGAUGCAAAAAAUGGAUCUCUUCAACAUAAUGCUGCUUUUGCCCUCUAUGGUCUUGCAGAUAACGAGGAUAAUGUUGCUGAUUUUGUAAAAGUUGGUGGUCUUCAAAAGUUGCAGGAAGGAGAGUUUAUUGUUCAGGCAACCAAAGAUUGUGUAGCCAAGACACUGAAACGAUUAGAGGAGAAAAUACAUGGCCGGGUAUUGACCCACUUAUUGUACCUCAUGCGCGUGGGAGAAAAAUCUGUUCAAAGACAAGUAGCUUUGGCUCUUGCUCAUCUGUGUUCUCCGGAAGACCAGAGAUCAAUCUUUAUUGAUAACAAUGGACUGGAACUACUUCUCGGGCUUCUCAAAUCCACUAAUACUAAGCAACAACAUGAUGGUGCUGUGGCCCUUUGUAAAUUAGCAAGCAAAGCUAUGACUCUUUCCCCCAUUGAUGCAGCUCCUCCUUCUCCCAUAUCACAGAAUCUUUUAAUGGAUCCAAACAACCCAAAUUUCCGCCAACAAUUUUCUGGUUUUAGUGAUGAUUUGCUAACUAAUCCCGAGUUUCAAUUGUUCUUGCAAAGAAUGGGCAAUACGUCUUUGCAACCAUCUCCACAGUAUCAGACACCCACUCAGUUUCCCCUACGAAACCAUGUUAUUGAAGAAUGUACACCUGAAACUGUACAUGAUAGCAACACACAAUUCAAUGAGAGCGAAGAGGACAGCGUACCAGAGACGCCGCAAUAUCCUCCACCAGUUCCCGAACUGAAAUCCAACCAGGUUGUUGCACGAGCGACUCGAAUUUGGUCAGUUGCGGAAGAUGAAACUCUGAUUGGGUUGUACUUGGAGAUCAGUGAGAAUGCUAUUAAAGGCACGAGCCAGAAAGCAACUUCCCUUUGGCGCGAUGUACACGCAGCAUAUCAACUUGCUCAUGCGGAGAAGCCGCAUAUACUUCCACCAAGACCUAUGAAGAGUCUGACGUCGCACUGGAGAAGGUUGGCAGCAGACACACUACAGUGGAUAUCUUGCUAUGAUGAAGCAGGUAGACUUCCGGAGGGAGGGAGUGGUUACAACGAAGCUGACCGUAUAAAAAGUGCGUCGAAGCUUUUCCAUCUCGCCCAAGGUCGUAAUUUCGCUUUUCCUCACGCUGUUGAAAUGCUUAAUAGAGAUCCAAAGUGGAGGCCAAAGCUGAGAUGGUCCUUGUCAAAGGAGGAAAGAAAAGCUGUUCGUGAUGUUGAGGAGCAAGGUAGUGCUGGAAGUGGGAAGAGGUCCAGAGAUGAUGGAGGGGAUGAAACCCCUACGGAUGGUUUUUCAUCUGGAGGAAUACAACGACCCGAAGGUGUGAAGAAAGCAAAGGCCAAGCGUAAAGGGAAAGAAGUAGCUUCGGACAGUGGUUCGUCUGAGCUUAGCGAACGAAUGAAGGAAUUGGCAACAAUUCGCGAGAGGGAGGCCAUUCUGAAGGAAGAGCGGAUCAAAAUUGAAAGGGAGAAGGAACAGAGGAAAAGGGAGGAACUUGACAUUCAUAAGAUGAAAACCUGGUUUGAUAUGGUGCAAGCUAUGAAGAAUUCGCCUACUCCACUCACUCCUGAAGAAGAGUCGUACAAGAAUUUCUUACUGGGUAAAUUACAGGGCUUAUAAGCAUGUUUGGUUGUAGUAGGUGUACGCUUGUAUUAGUUAAGUUUUUAAUUAUGCGCAAUGUAGUCUUUUAUGUUUAACAUGUAUUAGUGGUGUGUUUAAUUUCACUGUCAUAUGUAAACUUGUAUUCUGAUUUUCCAAUAUUGAAUGACAAGUUGUUUAACAAGUUGAUUUCA